CGGUGUUCACGCGGUUCCGGGAACUGAUGUUGGUUUCCCAAGCUGUUUGCAGAGAAACUGAGGCACCGAGAGGGAGCGACUGCUCCCGAAACCCACAGGAAACCCGUUUCCCUUCCUUGGACCCACUGUGAAAGGCUUGGCCUCGGGUCAUCGGCAGUGUCCCCGAAACUCCAAAUUUUUCUGGCAAGGGGGUGGUCAAGGCGACAUUUAGGACUGGAGUGACGGGGCAGUGACUGUUCUUGUGCCGUGCUACAGGUGAGGACGUGAAGACUCUGAGACUCUGAGCGUGAACAAGGUCGCGCUUUGGCGGCCGGGAUUUGAACCCGGACUGAGCCCAGCUCUUAGUCCUGCGAGGCCUUGUGGAACCGAGAUGACCCACUCUUUGGUUUGUCCAGAGACAGUGAGCAGGGUGAGUUCGGUGCUGAAUCGUAACACUCGGCAGUUUGGAAAGAAGCAUCUGUUCGACCAGGACGAGGAGACCUGCUGGAACUCGGACCAGGGCCCCUCCCAGUGGGUAAUACUGGAGUUUCCCCAGCGCAUCUGUGUCUCCCAGCUGCAGAUCCAGUUCCAGGGGGGCUUUUCCAGUCGCCAGGGCCGCCUCGAAGGUUCUCAGGGGAGUGAGGCUCUUAGCAAGAUUGUGGACUUUUAUCCUGAGGACAACAACUCGCUUCAGACUUUCCCUGUGCCAUCUGCUGAGGUGGACCGGCUGAAAGUGACAUUUGAGGACGCCACUGAUUUCUUUGGCCGAGUGGUCAUCUACCACCUGCGGGUGCUAGGGGAGAAGAAGGUGUGAGGCCACUGGGUGGCUGCCUCCUCCAGGAAGUUCUCCGGGAAGCACAGUGAAAUCCUUCAAGUUCUGCACAGAAGGUUUAUUGGUUCCUCUUGGAAAGGGCCCCCUCCCACCGUCUGUCCAGGAGCUGCCUUUGAAGCCAGUUCUGGGUUCCCCCAGCUCUGGGUCAACCAUUUUGUUCCCUGAGUGUCUGAGUCCCUGGCAGACGGUGUUCACUCAGGGGUGGCGGGCACCAGGUUGCUCUGGAAGAGUUUAAGGAUGUGGUUCUCGAUCACCUGUUGCACUGGAAACAGAACAGGGAAAAGGUGGGCCAUGAACUGAACAGCGGCUGCAGAGGCACAGGCCAACCUGUACCUUCCCCUCAGGGUAAGAACAGGGGCCUCAGCCCUGGGACCUGGAUGGAGGACCCAUUUCAUACACAGGGAAAUCCAAGCCCUUGCCAGAGCACAGCUGGGAAGACAGAGGCCCCCCUCAUAGGAACCUCUAUUUCCCCUGAGUUUGUAAAGAUGCAUUUUUGGAGGUUUUCAGAAUUAUAAAAACAUUCCUUACC